AUGGUUUCCAGACAUCUGUCCUUUGUCAACAUCUCUCGUCCCGACGAGGGCCAGAGCAAGCGUACCAAGGCAUUGGUUCGUCGGCAUGUCAUGGCAGAUGUCGGCCGUUCAAGGCGCAAAAAGGCAAAAUACAAGAUUAUCCCUCUCCAGAUUGCUGCCACAAAUCCUUCAUCAGGCACUGUUCCGGCAAAUGCAGCAGCGGCUGAGCUACUCCCUCUUGUGAGGAUGCCGCCAUCGUUCCAAUCCUGUCACAUUGGCGAUGAUUCUCGCGCUUCAGAACUUAUUACCUUCAUGACGGCUGAAGCUGACUUUGUGUACCGACCGUUUCGGUCAUCGUGGCUUCGGAUUGGCCUCUCUGAUAGAGUCGCAUUUGACUUAUGGCUUGCACAAGCCGUAGUAAUUCGCAAUGGUCUGGUCCAUAAAAACAACGCAAUCGCCUAUAAUGAACUAUUUGCGGAUACCUCAGAAGCAAGUAGCUACUACUGCAAGUCGCUACACCAGCUGACGCUUCGACUCAACGAUCGCGAAGAUUGUAUAAGUGAGGGCGUUAUAGCGACCAUCAUGGGGUUUAUAUGUGUCGAUACUCGUGUCGACAAUUGGAAGCGAUUUACCGUGCAUAUGGAUGGCUUGGAGCAAAUAUACCAUCUUCGUCAUGGAUUCGAUGCUUUAGACAGCGAAAUUGUACUGAUGACAUUUUGGGUUGAUUUGAUGGGCGCAUCAAUGCUCGACCGCUACCCGAGAUUCUGUAUCCCAAGGCAGCUGGCCAAUUCUCCUCAGAGGACAAAUAAAGACGAUAUUCCACAAACGCUGCGCACAUUGCUUCAUCAUGCUGAAGAAGUAGCUCCUCAAGGGGGACGGAUAUACGCCAUGCUACGGAUGAUGGCACCAGUUGUUGCCUUGAUGAAUCUGAAUACCUGCAAUGCCUUGUUCUGGACGGAAUCGGCCGUUUUGGUCGAAAUUCUCGGCGUUGUCAGCCAUUUUGUGCUGUCCGUGCCAAAAUGUCCGGAAGAUGAUGCACAAACGGAUUAUCCAGUCUUUGUGGUACAGAGAAUGGUGCAGCUUGCGUGUUUGGUCAUCAUAUCAGAGCUCAAACGACUUGCAUCUUUCCACUGGGCAGACAUUGGUCCUCUAUGUGAUCGCUUCAUCAGCCUGUUGCAGGAAUCUUCCCACGAACUACCUUUGGAGCUCAAAAAAGUGCGAUUUUGGGCAAUUGCGACGGCAUACUCAUUGGCGCGGCCCGAAAGUCGAGACUCACUGCUCGUCGAAGCGAGACGCUCCAUGAGUGACCUCAACAUCCACUCUUCUGAACAAUUGAUUGGGCAAAUGAAAGAUAUUUUGUGGUUGACAAGUAUCGAUUCAACUAUAUUAGAGAGCAUAUUUGUAUCCGGCAAUGGGCAAUUGCGACUGUCAUCUAGGUAG